AUGAGAAACCACACAGAACUAACAGAGUUCAUCCUCCUGGGAUUGUCAAAUGAUCCACAGCUUCAGGGAGUGAUCUUCAACUUUCUGUUCAUCACCUACAUGCUCAGCAUCACUGGGAACCUGACCAUUAACACCCUUACCCUGCUGGAUUUCCACCUCCAGAUUCCCAUGUAUUUCUUCCUCAGAAAUUUCUCCUUGUUAGAGGUUUCAUUCACCAUCAGCAUACACAAGUUCCUGGGCACCCUGAUUAUAGGUGAUAAAACCAUUUCCUUUAAUGAUUGCAUUGCUCAGUUCUUUUUUUUUUUUUUUUUUUCUUUUUUCAUUCUUUUGGGAGUCACUGAAUUUUACCUCCUGGCUGCCAUGUCCUAUGACUGUCAUAUUGCCAUCUGCAAACCUCUGCAUUACAUGACCAUCAUGAAUCCCAGAAUCUGCAUACUCCUUGUCUUCUCUUCAUGGCUGAUUUCAUUCUUAAUUGUAUUCCCUGCAUUCAUGUUACUCUUAAACCUUAAUUACUGUACAUCUAAUAUUAUUGAUCAAUUUACCUGUGAUUAUUUUCCCCUGCUGCAACUUUCAUGUUCAGUCACAAAAUUCCUAGAGAUAAUGGGGUUUACCUGUGCUGUGUUUACUUUAAUGUUCACUCUGGCAUUAAUAUUUCUAUCCUGCAUAUAUAUCAUCAGAACAAUUUUAAGAAUUCCUUCUAAUAGUCAGAGGACAAAGGCCUUUUCCACCUGCUCAUCCCACAUGAUUGUUAUCUCCAUCUCCUAUGGCAGCUGCAUUUUUAUAUAUAUUAAACCCUCAGCAAAAGACAGAGUGUCUCUGAGCAAGGGAGUUGCUGUGCUAGAAACCUCAGUAGCCCCCAUGUUAAACCCUUUUAUCUACAGUCUAAGGAAUGAGCAAGUCAAGCGAGCCUUCAUGGACAGGGCAAGGAAGAUUGUAUUUUUCUCAAGCAAAUGA